GGCAGCCAUCUUAGGAGCAGCCCUUUUGGGCUGCGCUCCUCCUUACCCCCAGCCCUUCCUGUAGUGAGGCAGCCACAGGGCCUUCAGAAGGCACAUUGUGCCCUCUGCGGCCUCUUUCUCUGCCACUCGCACCACCUUCUGGCAGGAACUGCUGCCAAUAGUCUCCCCUCAGCGGCACUAUCGUUCAGUUGCCAGCCUCACCGCAGUUAUUGCUAUCGCCCCAUCACUUCUCUCAUUUUGCAGCGUGGAUGGUGUGUCUCUCCUGCCAUGUCUACUACGGAGAAGCAAGACCCAUUCCUACGUGCUCGAGAUAGAGCCGGUGGCAGGGCAGGCCACAACUCCAAGCCCCUCUGUUUCCGUAUAUCACUUUCGGAAAGGUCAGAUGGAGGUGCCGGGGACCUGGCCCUUCCGGCUUCCCAGGAAGUCUCCGGAGCGCUUUGGGAGCCCGAGGGUUGGCAGGAGGCUGGGCAGCCCACUGUAAAAGGUAACUGUGGCGUACAGUUCGUGGAAGGGGAAGAGGAGGUGGAAGAGGACCAGGAUGAGAAUGAUGAUGAGGAUUGGGGCAAUUAUGAGGAUGAGGAGGAGAGUGAAGACUAUGAGUGGGAGGAAGAGGAGGAUGAGUUGGAUGAUGUGGAGGAUGAGGAGGAAGAUAUGGAGCUAGAUAAAGAGGAGGAUGAAAAGGACAGAGAUGAUAACAUGGAAGAAGAGGAAAGUGGGGACAGUGAGGAGGAAGAGGAAGAUGAGGAGGAAGAAGUGUCUAAUAUCCGUGAAGUCCCCAUGGUGCAGUUUCGGUCGGUAUUUUGGGGUCUUAUCCAUUCCCUUCUAUACCGUGCCCGUUAUAAUGACCAUGACCUGGCCCAGCCCCGUAGAAGCCGCAAGGUGGGCAGGCGCCGCUCUCGGCUGCCCUUGGACCCUGAAGAGAGCUCCGUAUGCCGGGAGCCAGACAAUCUGGGAGAGGGACCAGUGCCCCGGGAACGGGAGGACCCGGAAAAGAAGGCCGAUGUCUGGGAGGGCGAGGAUCCAGCAGAGGGCACCUCCUGGAUGCUGCAGGAACCCGCAGAGGGGACCAUAUACCAGAAGGCAGAGGCAGAAGUAGCAGUGGCCCAUGGCCAAAAGUGCAAACCUCUGGUUGGUUCCUCUGAGUCAUGGGAGGCUGGAGCCUGUGCAUCUGAUGGGGUCGGGACCUCAGCCUAUGGCAAGUGGCUGCCAAGUCCUCUCACUCUUGCAGCCCCUGAUGAUAGAUCCUGCUCAAAGGCAGGACAUACUCAACACUUGCCCUCAGUGGUUAAGAGAAGGGUGCAUGCUCUCAAAAGGCUUCAGGCACAAUGUGCAAAAGUUGAAGCCCAAUUCUAUAAAGACCUUUAUGAUCUUGAGAAAAGGUAUGCUGCCUUCUACCAACCUCUCUUUUAUAAAAGAUCUGAAAUCAUUAAUGCAAUUUAUGAGCCCACAGAAGAUGAAUGUCAGUGGGAAGCUGGUGUUCAGGAAGGAGCAUGGGGUGAAAAGGAAAUAGACACUGAAGGAAAAGAGGGAACACCUGGUAUACCUCACUUUUGGUUGAAGGCUUUUAAAAAUGUGAAGAUUCUUGCCAGGAUGAUCAGAAAAAAAGAUGAAUUGGUACUGGAGUACUUGAAAGAUGUGAAAAUUAAAUUUCCAAGGGUUCGGGAGCCAAUGAGCUUCACCGUAGAAUUUGUCUUUAAGGCAAAUGAAUACUUUUUCAAUGAAGUUUUGACAAAAACAUACCGGAUGACGUCAGACCCAGAUGAUUCUGAUCCCUUCUUAUCCGAAGGGCCUAAAAUAAUCAACAGCACAGGGUGCAUGAUUUACUGGAAAGAAGGAAAAGAUAUCACAAUGAAGUCUAUCAAACUACAGAAAUAUGAGAGCCAUGGAAUUGUAUCAACUAUUAAGCAGGUGCCCAGAAAGUCUUUCUUCACCUAUUUCUAUUCUUCUGGUACUCCUGAGAGUAGAGGACUGGAUGUUGCCACUGAUUAUAAGUUGGGCUAUUUUUUCCGUGAAGUUCUGGUCCCCAAAUCUGUAUUAUUCUACAUUAAAGAAGCACAUGAACAUAAAUGUGAAAAAUCUGAUGAUGAGGCCCAAGAAGCUAGAGGCAAAGAAGAGAAAAAAGAAGGGAUCAGAAAUGACGAACCAGAAAAAGGUCUGGACCCAGAAAAAAGCAGUUUCUGAGAAUCCAGUUGGAAGACAUAGAAAAUCGUGGAUGAAAGAAAGAAUUCAAGAUUUUCUGUUCAUGGGAAUUUUAUCAACAGUGCUUUUGUUUUGAAGUUCAUCAGCCAAAAAGUGACAUCCACUAAUAUCUGAGUUUUUAUGUCUUUCAGAUAUAUCCGACAUCAUUUUUUUCUGGUUAAAAAUAAAAGUUUGUU